AUGGAGAUUUUAAGAAAAUCUUCUUCUCUUUGGGCUUUGCCAAUUCUUUUGUUGUGCUUCUUUAUCAACAAUGGAGUAUUUGUUGAUGCUUCUCACAAAGUUUAUAUGCACUUGCAAUCUACUACUAGCCAUGUUGAUGCUAGCAAGGUCCAUAGAACUGGUUAUCAUUUUCAACCUCCUAAAAACUGGAUUAACGAUCCAAAUGGCCCAAUGUAUUACAAUGGAGUGUAUCAUUUAUUCUACCAGUACAACCCAAAGGGCGCAAUAUGGGGCAACAUUGUUUGGGCCCAUUCGGUCUCAAAGGACUUGAUCAAUUGGAUCCCACUUGAACCCGCUAUCUACCCGUCCAAAGUAUUUGACAAGUAUGGUACAUGGUCCGGGUCAGCCACAAUCUUGCCAGGCAACAAGCCUGUUAUUCUCUACACUGGAAUUGUGGAUGCUAACAAGACACAAGUCCAAAAUUAUGCAAUCCCGGCUAACAUGUCUGAUCCAUAUCUUCGUAAGUGGAUCAAGCCCGAUAACAAUCCAUUGAUUGUUGCUGACAAAACCAUCAACAAAAGCCAAUUUCGUGAUCCAACAACCGCUUGGAUGGGCCGAGAUGGAAAUUGGAGAAUCUUGGUAGGGAGUGUGAGGAAUCAUAGGGGAAAGGUUAUAAUGUACAAAAGUGAUAAGGACUUCAUGAAAUGGACCAAAGCCAAACACCCACUCCACUCAGCCCCGGGUACUGGAAAUUGGGAAUGUCCUGAUUUUUUUCCAGUGUCAUUGAAAAAUAAAAAUGGUUUGGACACGUCAUACAAUGGCAAAGACAUUAAACAUGUUCUUAAGGUUAGCUUUGAUGUUACUAGGUUUGAUCAUUACACAAUUGGUACAUAUGACACCAAAAAGGAUAAAUACUUUCCGGAUAACACUUCUAUUGAUGGAUGGAAAGGAUUGAGACUUGACUAUGGUAACUAUUACGCGUCCAAGACAUUCUUUGAUAAUGGCAAGAAUCGUAGGAUUUUGUUGGGUUGGGCUAAUGAAUCAGAUACUGUUGAUAACGAUGUGAGGAAAGGAUGGGCCGGAGUUCACCCUAUUCCUCGUAAAAUUUGGCUUGAUCCUAGUGGAAAACAAUUGGUUCAAUGGCCUGUUCAAGAAUUAGAAACUCUAAGAAAGAAAAAGGUCCAAUUAAAUAACAAAAAGUUGAACAAGGGAGAAAAGGUUGAAAUCAAAGGAAUCACAGUUGCACAGGCUGAUGUUGAAGUGAUUUUCUCAUUCACAAGUUUGGAUAAGGCAGAGCCAUUUGAUCCUAGUUGGGCUGAUCUUUACGCGCAAGAUGUAUGCGCCAUUAAAGGUUCAAUGGUCCAAGGUGGACUUGGGCCUUUUGGGCUCCUAACUUUGGCUUCUAAAAACUUAGAAGAAUACACACCCGUUUUCUUCAGAAUUUUCAAGACUCAUGAUAAAUACAAGGUUCUUAUGUGUUCCGAUGCCUCAAGGUCAAGCCUAAAGAAUGAAACAACUAUGUAUAAACCAUCAUUUGCUGGAUAUGUAGAUGUAGAUUUAGCGGACAAGAAAUUGUCUCUUAGAAGUUUGAUUGAUCAUUCGGUAGUGGAAAGUUUUGGUGCUGGAGGAAAAACAUGCAUUACAUCAAGGGUUUAUCCAACGUUGGCGAUAUUUGACAAAGCACAUUUAUUUGCAUUCAACAAUGGCGCGGAGAGAAUCACAAUUGAGACUCUAAAUGCUUGGAGCAUGGCUAAUGCAAAGUUGCACUAG